UCGGAUGCGGCCUGCCGUCAAGACUCCUCCAUUUGUAUCGAAUCUACAGUCAUUCCCGGUUGAUAUUCUCGUUCACCGCCUCUGCUCGCACUACAAAUCAAAUGCUGGCCGCGCUCCGGACAGCUUCCUGAGCACAGUGUGAAGCUUGAACAAUUGAGACAGCCAACACGAUGGAUCGCCGAAACGAAGCUGCUGAAAGUCGCGAAGGGCUCCUUCGCUCCUACGAUAAAGGAGAGCGUACGCCUAUGCGCAUGUCCCUCGAAAAUGCCUACAGAUCCGACAGCGAGUCCGACAUCGAUGCCACUGAUUUCCUUGACCGAGAUCCUCUCAACCACCAAUCUCAACCUGCAGUCCAAGCAUACGGUCCCAGCAUAGAGCUGGCCCGCCUCCGCCGCUCCUUUGCUCGACGCUCGAAAUGCUUCUUCGCUAUUCUGACCAUUCUGAUCAUCUUCUGGACCGUAGUUGCGGGUGGAGGGUUCUUCCUGUACAAGGUCGCUCCAGUGGAUGGGAUGUCUCCCCCUUGGUAUCCGACUCCGCUAGGUGGAACGUCGUUGAAAUGGCAGGACAGUUAUAAGAAGGCGCAAGCAUUGGUCGAGAAGAUGACCCUGCCGGAGAAGGUCAAUAUUACAACAGGGACUGGAUGGCAGAUGGGUUUGGCUGUUGGAAAUACUGGGCCUGCCAUCCAUGUUGGAUUUCCCGGCCUUGCUUUACAAGAUGGGCCUCUCGGCUUGCGUUUUGCAGAUAAUGCAACGGCUUUCCCUGCUGGAAUUACCGUUGGGGCCACAUGGAACAAAGAGUUGAUGUAUUUCAGAGGCAAGGCACACGGGAUGGAGGCACGAUUAAAGGGCAUCAACGUAUUGCUGGGACCUUGCGUAGGACCUCUCGGGCGGAUGCCAGCUGGCGGGAGAAAUUGGGAAGGAUUCGGAGCCGAUCCUGUUUUGCAGGGAAUUGCCGGGGCGUUGACGAUCCAGGGCAUCCAAGAAGAAGGCAUCAUUGCUACGAUCAAGCAUUUCGUCGGCAAUGAGCAAGAGCAUUUCCGACAGUCGUGGGAGUGGGGUCUUCCAAACGCCAUUUCAUCCAAUAUUGAUGAUCGGACUCUACACGAAAUGUACGGAUGGCCAUUCCAAGACGCUGUGAAGGCUGGCGUUGCAAGUGUCAUGUGCAGUUAUCAGAUGCUCAACAAUUCAUACUCGUGCGGCAACUCAAAGCUUCUCAACGGGAUCUUGAAAGACGAAUUAGGAUUCCAGGGUUUCGUCCAGAGCGAUUGGCUUGCUCAAAGAAGUGGCGUCGCGAGCGCCUUGGCCGGGUUGGAUAUGAGUAUGCCUGGAGAUGGAUUGUGGUGGGGGAAGGGUCAGUCGCUAUGGGGCCCUGAAUUGAGCAAGGCUGUUUUGAACGGUUCUUUGCCCGUUUCGAGGCUCAACGAUAUGGUGACUCGAGUUGUUGCUUCGUGGUAUCAGUUGGGUCAAGAUGACAAGUCCAAGUUUGAUGGAGAAGGGCCGAACUUCUCAUCUUGGACAAACGAUAAAAUGGGAGUUAUCAACCCAGGAAGCCCAGAUGACCGCGACCAGAAGGUUGUGAACAAAUUCAUCAAUGUUCAAGGCAGCGGCGAUGAGGCUCAUUCCAUAAUUGCUCGCAAAGUUGCAACGGAAGGCAUAGUGCUGGUCAAGAAUGAAGGUAUCUUACCAUUAAGCAAAGAUGGCUGGCCAACGAGUGAGAACCACGAGAUCAACAUGCGUGUCGGUAUCUUUGGAGAAGAUUCUGGAGCUGGCAGAGGUCCAAAUGUCUGUCCAGACCGAGGAUGCAACCAAGGUACUCUUGGCUCUGGCUGGGGCUCAGGUGCUGUUGAGUUUCCAUAUCUCAUCACGCCUGCUGAAGCCCUAUUGGACGCAUUCAACAAGGACCGAGUCUACGUCACGAACUUCCCUAGCAACGACCCACCGUUCAAGACGACUCCUGUGAUACUCAAGCAGCAAGAUGUGUGUAUCGUUUUUGUCAAUGCUGAUUCUGGGGAGGGGUACAUGGCUGCUGAUGGUAUUCGAGGAGACCGAAAUGAUCUUUACAUCCAAAAGGAUGGAGAAGGUCUCAUUGUGAAGGUGGCAUUAGGUUGCGGUGACGGACAAGGAAGCACUAUUGUUGUCAUCCACUCUGUCGGCCCAGUCAUCAUGGAAGGCUGGAUCGAUAUUCCCGGCGUCAAGGCUGUGCUUAUGGCUAACCUCCCUGGUCAAGAAAGCGGAAACGCAAUCGCAGAUAUCCUUCUUGGGGUCGUCAAUCCCAGCGGCAAGCUUCCAUACACAAUUGGCAAGUCAUUAGAAGAUUACGGACCAGGGGCGAAGAUCCAGUACUAUCCUAAUGCUGCCAUUCCCCAGCAGAAUUUCUCGGAAGGUUUAUACAUUGACUACCGUCACUUCGACAAGGAAGGCAUCGAACCGAGGUUCGAAUUCGGUUUUGGAUUAUCAUACACCACUUUCGACUACUCAAACCUGGUUGUCAGUCCAGUUCUUCCAAAGUCAUCACUACCUGCAGCUCGUACUCCCGGCAUCGAUCCUCCCCAAUACGACGACAAGAUUCCAGACGCCAGCGAAGCUCUUUUGCCCAAGGGAUUCAGGAAACUGAAGAAAUUCGUCUACCCCUAUAUCACCAGCACUUCCAUUAAGAAAGGCCCAUACCCAUAUCCAGAGGGGUACGAAAUCAAGCAGACACCAUCAGAAGCCGGUGGAGACGAGGGAGGUAAUCCUGACUUGUGGAACAACUAUGCCACCGUGUCGGUCGACAUCAAGAACACGGGUUCUGUGACGGGAAAAGAAGUCGUGCAGCUCUACCUGGGCUUCGACGGCGUCAAGGGCGAGGCGAAGGAAAUAGAUUUCCCUCGAAGUGUAUUGAGAAACUUUGAGAAGACCGAGCUGGAGAGUGGUGAGAAGCAGGUCGUAGAGUUCAAUCUUACGAGGAGAGAUCUCAGUUAUUGGGAUAUCGUAAGGCAGAAUUGGGUUAUGCCUACCGAGGGCAGUAUCACGAUCAAGGUUGGUUCUAGUUCGAGGGAUCUGAAACUUACUGGGUGGUAUUAGGGUUGGAAAGAGAGAGUUUAUGGGGAGUUGGGAGUUUGGAGCGUGGAAUGUGAGUAUCUAUUGUAUAUAAUAGGUCUUUUGAAUCAAGACUAAUCUGUUUGAUACCC